AUGGGGCUAGGGCGGUUGCCACCUGUGCUGGUCUUGGCGCUGGUGCUGCCUGUGGGGUCCCAGCCGCAGCGGCAGCUCCCCAGGGAGUCCCACAACCUCAACUGGAACAAGUUUUCAGGUUUCUGGUACAUUCUUGCCGUCGCCUCUGACGUCCAGGGCUUCUUGCCGGACAGAGACAAGUGGAAGCUGGGGGCGUCCGUCGUGCAGCUUCACAAUGUGGGCCAGCUGAAGGUGGUCUUCGCUUUUAGCCGGUCACGGGGCUGCCAGUCCCACACAUUAAUUCUGCGGAAAGAUGGGAAGAAGGCCGUGUUCAGGAAUACCUUGAAGGGGGUGGAGGGCUUCCGUGUGCUGUCCACUGACUACAGCUACGGCGUGGUGGACGUGCGCCUGGGCCGGGCCGGCCGGACCUCCAAGACCCUGCUGUUAUUCAGCAGACAGAACACAUCCAGCUUCCUGAGUAUGAAGAAGUUUGUGGAUAUAUGUGAGAUUUUGGAGCUCACAAGGGGUUCGACCAUUCUCCCAAAAGAUGCCUCCUGCGCGCACACCAUCCUGCCGUGA